AUGCUGUUGCCACUUAUUGCCCCUGCGCUGUUUGCAGCUUCAGUUGUUGCUGACAGCGUGAACACAUAUUCGCAACAAGUGUGCAGGACCGCCUUAAAGCCCUUGCAAGGUUCGGGCGGGACAACAACACAAUCGACCACCCAAUACUUGACCAAGACCGUCACACAGACGAUCACUCCAACAGCGACUAUCACUCCCACCAGCACCACGCUCACAAAGAAAACCACCACCACAAAGUGGUCCACGCAGACGUUGCCGCAGAGCACAAGCACCUUCUCAACCACUCUUAGUUUCACGAUUACCAGCAGUGCCUAUACCACCUUGAUCAGUACUCUCACGUCUUCCGUGAGCUCGACUACCACAAGCACAUUUACAACCACCACCAUUCAGCCCUCCCCAGGUUUUGUUGCUAUUUCGUCUGCAUUGGCUGCCGAUGGUCACGCUGCUGCCAAGCGGGCCAGACGAGGCGCCGAAGUAGCGUCCAGCGAACCCGUAUCUGGCGAGAUUCAAGAGCGUGCGACUCAGCAGAAGAUCAUCUGUGGUAAUGACGGCACGAUCAACUACGACCCACCACAAUACAAAGGCUCCGUCACUUGCAACAGACGCGUUCAAAUCGUAACCACCAAGACUGUCACCACGACCGCGAAGACCACAAAGACAAUUCAGGCGCCUCGUGGCACUGUAACACAGACUUCCACAUCAACAAAGACCAGCACCACGAUCACCCGCCCUCCAGUAGCUUCCACUACCAUCACAAUUUCAACCACAAGCACUCUAAGCACGACUUUCACAGAGUCAUCAACCACAACCACAUCCAUAACUUCUGUGUCCACCAUCUACCAACCUCAACCAACAUACUACGCAGCCUGUGGCCCAAGCAACACCGUCUCCUACGUCGACAACACUCGCAUCGCCAACAUCGCUGCCACCAACCCAGACAACGGCUUCUCUUUCGGUUCAGGUGCGACAAGUGCCUAUGAGUGCUGUGUUCAGUGUCUAUUGAGCGGCACAUGCGGAGCUUCGACUUGGCACCCUGCUGCUGGAGUCUGCUACUUCUUCCCAUUCGGCACCAGCGGUACCUGCUCUGCGACUGAAGAGGUCGGGACGUUCGCGAAGGGGAGUGGUAGCGCGACUGUUGGCUUCGUUGUGUCAAACAGUAAUUGUGGAGAGAUUGAGUUUGCUGGAUAG